AUGGACUACCAAAACCGUGCAGGCUCUAAAUUCGGCGGUGGAGGCGUCGCCAGCACCAGCGCAACGAACGCCGACCGACGAGAACGUCUACGCAAACUCGCUCUCGAGACAAUCGACCUCGAUAAAGAUCCUUACUUCUUCCGCAACCAUGUCGGCUCCUUCGAAUGCCGUCUAUGUCUCACAGUCCACCAAAACGACGGCUCGUACCUCGCACACACACAAGGGCGCAAGCACCAGACCAAUCUCGCGAGACGAGCAGCCAAGGAACAGAAAGAAGCCGCGAACAAGGAUGCCUUACUUAACGGCGGUUUAAUGCCAGGCGUGCAGGUGCGCAAGAAUAUUGUGAAGAUUGGACGGCCGGGUUACAAGAUCACAAAGGUCAGGGAUCCAUUGACGCGACAGGUUGGGCUGCUGUUCCAGCUGUUGUAUCCUGAGAUUGGGCAGAAUAUAGAGCCACGGGUGAGGUUUAUGAGUGCGUAUGAACAGAAGAUUGAGGAUCCGGACAAGAAUUAUCAGUUUCUUUUGGUUGCGGCUGAGCCGUAUGAAACUUGUGGGUUCAAAUUACAAGCAAGAGAGAUCGAUAGGAGGGAAGGACGGUAUUGGACUUGGUGGGAUGCUGAUGCAAAGGAGUUCUGGUGUCAGGUCCUGUUCAAGACUGAACGUGAUGAGAGGUAUAGCAAUGUGCCUGGUCUGGCGCCUAGUGGGAGAAGAUGA